UGGACAUCCAUAUAUGGAAGUCGUACGAAAGACUCCACUUGAAGUCGUACCGUAUUCUCUCAAUGCUGGUCGUCGUUGGUACUGUCUGUCUUUGGUUGUUCUUGCUACUUUCUCUUCAGGAAAUACAAUGAUGGAMGCCCAUCUUUUAGACGUCUUGUCAAAUCCUUUGGCUGUUCUCGUUGUACUGUUGGUUGUAGUUGCUUUCUUCUACUGUGUUGGAAUGUACAACUAYUGGGUUUUCAAUGGCAUGAAUAUCCCUGGAGCUAAACCAUUACCAUACAUUGGUAAUCUACGUGACAUGACCAAAUACGGUGGAAUUCAUCGUUGYAUGUUAGAAUACAUGAAGAAAUAUGGUAAAGUAUUCAGCUUGUGCACUGGACGGAAGGCUUCGAUUGUCAUUGCCGACCCAGAAAUAUUGAAACAGAUCAUGAUUAAAGAUUUCCAUAACUUUACCAACCGUCAUGUUGAUAUAGUAGCGACCAGGACCAAGGGCCUGCUGCAACUGGUCGACGAUGACUGGAGACGAGUUCGCUCGGUGUUGACUCCAACCUUUACGACUGGAAAGUUAAAAUUGAUGAUACCCCCAAUGGAGAAGUCUUGUGAUACAUUGGUGAGCAAAGUUCAGGAAAUUGCUGAUACUGGAAAAAGUGUGAAUAUGUUCUCUUGGUUCAGCCUCAUGACUCUAGAAGUCAUCCUUUCCACAGCAUUUGGAGUUGAAUCACCAAUACAAACCGAGAGUGCAAAUAACGAGUUCUUGGCUAAAUCUCGCGAGGUCUUCAAAGGUAUUACUUUAGUUCGUGUUCUGUUGGCAGUCCCUUUCAAUAAGCUGUUAGUAGGAAUCCUACAGAUGUGGCGUGGUACACAAAAUUUUUUCAAAAGUGUUGCGGAAGGCGUUUUGAAAACUAGAAAAGAUCAAGGUAUUCAUCGCGCUAGAGAUUUGGUGGACAUCAUGCUAUCUGCUAAAAAUCCCGAUGGAAGCCCAAAGCUACAUGACGCAGAGAUAACAGCCCAGUCAAUCACGUUUUUGCUGGCUGGUCAUGAAACCUCGAGCAAUACCCUCUCGAUGACAGCCUACUACCUGGCACUUAACCCUGAUGUCCAGGAACGCU